AUGGCGCCGACCUCCAAGAUGGCGCUGGGCAUCAAGCGCGCGUCGCGGUCGCACACCUACCACCGCCGCGGGCUGUGGGCCAUCAAGGCCAAGCACGGCGGAGCCUUCCCCAAGGCCGAGAAGCCAGCCGCCGUCGCCGAGCCCAAGUUCUACCCCGCCGACGACGUCAAGCCCCGCACCGCCAGCACCCGCAAGCCUAAGCCCACCAAGCUCAGGUCGACCAUCACGCCCGGUACGGUGCUGAUCCUGCUCGCUGGGAGGUACAUGGGGAAGCGCGUGGUGUUCCUCAAGCAGCUCAAGUCUGGCCUGCUCCUCAUCUCUGGGCCUUUCAAGAUCAAUGGUGUGCCAGUUCGCCGGGUGAACCAGGCUUAUGUCAUUGCCACAUCCACAAAGGUUGACAUCUCUGGUGUUAACGUGGAGAAGUUUGAUGACAAGUACUUCGCCAGGGACAAGAAGACCAGGGCAAAGAAGACUGAAGGGGAGCUGUUUGAGACUGAGAAGGAGACCACCAAGAAUCUGCCAGAAUUUAAAAAAGAUGAUCAGAAGGCCAUCGAUGCUGAGUUGAUCAAAGCUAUUGAGGCUGUCCCUGACCUUAAGAACUAUCUUGGUGCUCGGUUCUCUCUCAGGGAUGGUGACAAGCCCCAUGAGAUGACCUUCUAA